AUGUUUAUAGUUCCUCCCUGCUCUCCAGACUUAGCCUUGACCCCUGGUAAUAAACCACCAACGCUGCAUUUCAAGCUGCACUGGACACGCGUGUACCGGGGCCGUGGUGACUGGGAAGACGGGACGCCCGAGGAGGGGAGACCAGGUAUAGGUCAAGGUACCAACUUGGUGCCACCGGGCUCCCGGCUUCGCCGCGCUCUUGCCUUCAACACGUGCAACAGCUGGUCCCACGCGGCCCACGCACCGCAGUUAACACACCCACCACACGCCGAGAGGUGCCCGGCGUUUGCACUGCUCAAACCGCCGCGGGCUGAAAACUCCCGCGGAUGCCAACGCUACGUGGCCAACCAGAGCCUGGAGAACUUAAGGGGCUUCGUGCUGGCACCGCUGCUCAUCUACUUGGCCAUCGGCUCCAUGUUCCUGCUCGCUGGCUUCGUCUCACUCUUCCGCAUCCGCAGCGUCAUCAAGCAGCAGGGUGGCCCUACCAAGACCCACAAGUUGGAGAAGCUUAUGAUACGCCUGGGCCUCUUCACUGUGCUCUACACUGUGCCAGCUGCCAGCGUGGUUGCCUGCCUCUUCUAUGAACAGCACAACCGGCCCCGCUGGGAGGCCACACACAACUGCCCCUGCCUGCGCGACCAGCAGCCUGACCAGGCCCGCCGCCCUGACUAUGCUGUUUUCAUGCUCAAGUACUUCAUGUGCCUGGUGGUGGGCAUCACCUCUGGUGUCUGGGUCUGGUCCGGCAAGACCCUAGAGUCCUGGAGGGCCCUCUGCACCCGCUGCUGCUGGGCCAGCAAAGCUGCCACCGUGGCUGGGGGCACAGGGACAGGAGCAGGUGGGCAGGCAGCAAUCGCCGCAGCAGGAGGACUUGGGGCUGGAGGUGGUGGUUCACUCUACAGCGAUGUCAGCACCGGCCUAACGUGGAGGUCAGGCACGGCCAGCUCUGUCUCCUACCCCAAGCAGAUGCCCUUGUCUCAAGUGUGAGGAGGAAGGAGGCCAGAGGUUACAGGUUACGGAGUGAGGGACACUGGCCUGCCUAGAAUGCCCCCUCACUGUUUGGUGCCAUUAAUGAACCUCUAAUGGUCCUUAUUAGCCACAGCUUGUAUAGAACAAUGCAGCUGGCAGAGGCCCCAGGCUUCAGCCCCCUCCUCCUUCCCCUCCAUUCAUAUGUAGGGAGCAUGUACUUCAAGGAGCCAGCUUAUUAUUUUGCUGGCAGAGCAGGGUAUGGGCUCACCGGUGUCUUGCAGAGGGCAAAGCAAAGCGGCUUCUGAUUCACUUUGGACUAACAGCAGCUCUUUGCUAAUGGGAGGGAGGGUCUUCCUUCCCCCCCCUUCCUGAGGUGGGAGUUUGCUGGGACUGCAGGUUUUUUGGAUAUUGAUGACCAGGCAAAUGCCUUACAAUACAGACUGAAUCAAAACAUGUCUUAAUUAUAUACCCCAGCUAAAUACGGGUUUCCUACAUUAAAGGAUGUAUUUAUAUAAUUAUUUGUUACUUUGUACAGAUGUGUAAAAUAUGUAUAUAUCCAAAGCUAUACAGUCUGUAAAUUUUUUUUGUAAAAAAGUUUAGAGGCUACCCCUGUAAAAGCAAAUAUGAGUAUUCUAUUUUGUCAAUAAAAUGUCUUUUGAUAAAUGA